AGGGGCGUGGCCACCAUUGCAGACAGCUCUUGGCCAGACUCUGGCUCCUUCUGGCUGAAGGUGACCCCUUUUGGCUUCCGGAGGAUCUUGAACUGGCUGAAGGAAGAAUACAACAACCCUCCAAUUUAUGUCACAGAGAAUGGGGUGUCCAGACGAGGGGACCCAGAACUCAAUGACACGGACAGGAUCUACUACCUCCGCAGAUACAUCAAUGAAGCCCUCAAAGCCACUGUGCAGGAUAAGGUGGACCUUCGAGGAUACACGGUAUGGAGUGUGAUGGACAACUUCGAAUGGGCCAUAGGCUUUGCAGAAAGGUUUGGUGUGCACUUUGUGAAACGCUCAGACCCUUCUCUGCCAAGGAUCCCCAAGGCAUCAGCCAAGUUCUAUGCCUCUGUAGUGCGCUGCAAUGGCUUUCCUGACCCUGCACAAGGACCUCACCCUUGUCUCCAGCAACCAGAGGAUGCUGAGCCCACUGCCAGCCCUGUGAAGGCAGAAGUGCCCUUCCUGGGGCUGAUGCUGGGCAUCACAGAAGCACAGACAGCAUUGUAUGUGCUCUUCGCUCUUCUGCUACUUGGAGUCUGUAGCUUGGUGUUUCUGUUGUACAAAUACUGCAAGCGCUCCAAGCAACGGGAAACACAGUCAAGCCAAAGUGAGCUGAGUCCAGUGUCUUCCUUCUGAGGAGUCGCCAGCUCUUCUGUUGUGCAGAGAAGCCCUGUGCCCUGUGCCUGCUAGCGCAGACUCCUGACCACAAUGGAUCUCUUCAUCAAGGCUUCCUGCACUGUGGGAGAUGGUUUCUAUCUUGAAGCUUUCUAAGUUCUCAGUUGAAAUGAAAAAGCAUCUUCUUCAGUACUGGCAAUUUUCCUGGCUACUCCAAGAAGCUUUGCCAGGUCCCCUGUGGAAAUGCAGAGACUUAACUGUGUAGCAGUUCUGUGUGCUCAUUUCAGUGUCUGAUGGCAGACUCCAAACUAGAUAAGUGCAAGUGAAAAGCAGAUCUAGCUGCGGUACUACAUGUCUGCCUAUAAUCCUAGCAUUCAGGAGGCAGAGGCAGGAGGUGCUCCAGUUUGAGGACAGCCACAAUCACAUAGUGAAAUCCUGAAUUGGAGUGAGAGGGAGCUGGGAAGGGGGGCAGUAGAGGUCAGGGACACAGACAGUAUGAUGGAAAAAUACUUGCCUAUCAAAUAGAAAGAUCUGGCCUAGCCCCUCACCACCAGUGUUUGACUAACUUUAAAAGAUUGUUAUAUGGUUAAAGAAAUGGUUCAGCAAUUAAGACCACCAGCUGUUCUUUUAGAUGACCUGAGUUUGAUUCCCAAUGCCCACAUGACAGCUCAUGUAGGAAACUCCAGGUCUAGGGGAUCUCUUUUGGCCUCCCUGGAAACCAGGCACUCAUUAAAGUAUAGACAUAUAUGCUGGGACACUACGCAUACAGAAAAAUGAUGGAGGAGAGCCAUCUGUCUAUGUGUUACUCUCAUUGGUUAAUAAAGAAAAUAACUGCCUUGGCUUUCUGAUAGGGCAGGAUUUAGAUAGGUAGAGUAGACAGAACAGGAUGCUGGGUAGAAGGCAGUAUGGCAGACGGGAUGAAGCUCCGACCCAAGGUGGACAUAGGCUAGAAUCUUCCCGUUAAGCCACCACCUCGUGGUGCUACACAAAUUAUUAGAAAUGGGUUAAUCAAGAUGUGAGAAUUAGCCAGUAAGAGGCUAGAGAUAAUGGGCCAGGCAGUGUUUAAAAGAAUACAGUUUCCAUGUAAAUGACUUCGGGGCAUAAGCUAGCCAGGCGGCCGGGAGCUGGGUGGCAGGAACGCAGCCCGCUGCUCCUUCUACAGAAAAACAAUAAAAAUUUAAAAGAGUAAUUAUGUCUGUACAUAUUUAUGUUCUUACAAGCAUUCCUAACCUAAAGCAUAUAAAGUAUAUCCCUAUCCAGGGAGUUGAAGACAUGGCUCAGGAGUUAAGAGCUCUAUCUGCUCUUCCAGAGGACAUGGGUGUUGAGUCUCAGCAUCCAUACAGCAGCUAACAACUGUCUGCAGAUUCAAUAAUCUCUUUCGGUUUCUGUGGUUACUGCAUGCAAAUGGUACACAAACAUACAUGCAGGAAAGCACUAUCCACAUAUAUUAUCUUAAAAAUCCUAUUCAAAGGUUCCAUGACUAGCUUGGCAGUCAGGAAUUCUUUGGCAAACGCAUUCUUUUUCUGUCAGUAUGAAAAGUUGCCAAAUGGGUUUGUUUGAUUUUGCAUGGUUUGAAAGAGGGCAUCACUUUGUACCUCCAGCUUCCUUGGAACUCUAUGCAGGAAAAACUGGUCUUGAAUUUAAGGUUAGCUUUUAAUUAGGCCUGUGUUUAAAAAUACAGGGAUUAUAGACCUGCACUACCAUGGGUUAAAUGUGGGUGUUUCCAAAACAGAUACUGAGGGCAUUCCUUGGGCAGAAAGAUUCAUGACCAAAUGUUAUCAACUGGAACUAGAGAGAUAGAUAGGUCAGCAGUUAAGAGCACUAGCUACUUUCGCAGAGGUCCUGGGUUCAGCUCCAUGCACCCACAAUGGCCUACAAUUAAUUACCCUUAAUCCGAUUCCAGGGACUAUGGCCCCUCCUCUGGCUCUGCAAGCAUUAGGCAACAAGUAGUACCUUUACAUACAAUUAAGCAAAACAUUCAUACAAAUGAAUUAAAAAUAAAUCUUUUUGUUUUUUUAAGAACAUGAACUCUAAGAGUAUUUGGAUAGCCAGGCAGUGGUGGCACAUGCCUUUAAUCCCAGCACUUAGGAGGCAAAGGCAGGCGGUUCUCUACAUUCAAAGCCAGCCAGGUAUAGAGUUUUAGGACAGUUGGGGCUAUACAGAAAAACCCUGUUUCAUCCCCAUCCCCACCCUCCAAAAGAAUAUUAGGAUAUAAAACCUUAGGUUUUGAAGUGGGAAAGAUGUCUGUGAGACUUAAGAACUAGAGGAUAAAAAGAACAAUCCUAAUAAUAUCUGACCACAUACAAGAAAGAGGGCUUCUGAGAUUGCUCAGCAGUUCAAAUCUUACAACCUGAGCUUACACCUAGGAUACGUAUAGGGGAAGAACUGAUUCCCACAAAUUAUCCUUUGAUCUCCCUACUCUCUCCCUCCUUCCCUCCCUCCCUAUAAUGAAAAACAAUUUCAGGAGGCUGGAAAGAUUUCUCAGUACUCAUGUUGCUCUCGCAGAGGAUCUGAGUUUAGUUUAGUUCCGUGUCACCUCGGCUCUUCAGGCUUCGGGGGGCAUCUUACCACAUCAUAAAAAACAAACCUUUAAAAUUAAAAAAGAAAGAUUAAAGGGCAAAAUAUUCACAGCAUAUGCUAGUAAAGGGCUUUCUUAUGUGCAGAGUUUUUACAAUUCAGUAGGAAAAAGACAAGUAAAACUGGAGGACAGUUUCAAAGUAAAUCAGCAUGGCCAGGAGCAUUGAAAAUCGACCACCUCACUAGUCAUGCUACAGACCUUUAAUCCCAGUACUCAGAAGAGGCAGGCAGAUCGUGAGUUCAAAGCCUGGCCUAUACAGUGAGUCUGUGGUGAGACUUUGUCUCAAACUCCUCCCCACAACCCGCAAAGUCCAUAUUCACUCAAGAUAAACAGUGCAAAUAAAUUAUACGUACCAUGUAGGGAUAAGUCCCACCCCUUAGGGGGUGUGUUCGCCUCAGGCUAAAGUUUGCCUAUAAAUUUGGCGAGCGUGCUCCCAGCCCUCACUUCUGCUUUCCUGGUCUCCACAGGAAUGGUGGUUCUGUAAGUCUAUUCCUCCAUUAAAGCUGUCUAUAUUUUGACAAUCUGUCUGCAUUCGGAAUAAUUUGCAUUAGUAUAGAUUUUGCUUUAUGGAUAGAGAUUUUAAGGUCAGUUUUGUUAUAUGUAUAUGUAUUUCUGAUCUUUAUUAAGGUAUUGUGAUUGUGUAGUUCAUUUAAAAAUGUAAUGUAUAUAGAUUGUUAAUAGAUAAUCAUAAUAGUCAAGUUUGUAGUCAUGUUAGUUAAGAUUUUCUAUAUGUGCGUAGAUAUAUUUUAGAUAGGCAUUUUUCAUAUCUUUCAAAGGGUAGAGAAUAUGGCAUUUUAAAUGUUUUAAUAACUUAGGACUUUUCAUGACAAUGACACACUCUGCUCCUGGCAGCACCAAUCUACUUCAAGAGGAAGAUGGGCAUCGAAGAGGCUCCUUAUGGAGUUUGAUAGCCAUUUGGGCAAGAAACUGCUCUUGCCUGGACUAUUGCAUAAACUGGACACAGAGAACCCGCAGAGAGAGGACUGCUGAACUUGCCUAAAGGUGAGAUGAUCUUUUGGGGUUCCUGAUUCAUAAAAGAGUCUGCAAGACAUUCUUCAGGACAAGCAGAUAGUGACUGUCUUUGAAAUUUCCUGCUUUGUGGAAAUGUCUGCUGGAAACUAUGGGCCUGUAGUUCGAAGAUGGAUGCCCCAACGGUACAGAGGAACUUUGGGUGACUGUCCAGGCAGCAAGAUGUCUCUGUCAUUUCUAGAGUUGGAAAGUUGCUUAUUUCUUUGCUUAGGUAAUAUUGUAUCUUCCUUGAGUCUUUGAUGGAGUUAAGAAUAGCUAGUUAUAGUUAUAGUUUUCCUUAGUUAUGAUAUAG